AUGCUGUCCACCGUCGCAAUCUCUGCUCUUCUCGUUGCCGCUUCCGUCACACCUUCUCUUACGCUGCCCAUUUUCCCCACGAGCAGUCGAGAGGCGGCCAACUGGAAGGAUGUCGCGAAUGAUAUUGGAAAGACACCGGUCCACUUCGAGCAUCCUUACGUGACUCGUGCCUUCGAGGACGAGCUCAUGACGCGCGCCGACGGCAGCGAGGCACCCAGGAUUGAAGGACCGUUCGAGGCUAACAAAUUCCCUGUCUAUGUCCCGACCUUCGUCCCUAGCCACGCUACUCGAGACAUUCAGCUCAUGGCACGCGCAGAACCUAUGGACAGGGUGGCUUUUGAUGUCAACCAUGUCGUGCGCGACACCGGAAGGGCUAUUCUGAACUUCCUCCGCGAGGAGGACCCGAUCAUGGCUCGCGCGUUCGAGGACGAGCUGAUGGCGCGUGCAGAGCUUGCGGGUAGCGAGGGUGUGAUAGAUUCAGCCUUUGCCAGACGUUCUGGCAAAGCGCCCGCCACGAAUUCUGGCAAGGCUCCCGCCCAGAAGCCUAGCCAAGCGCCCGCUCCGAAGUCUGGCAAAGCUCCCGCCCCGAAGUCUGGCAAUGCGCCCGCUCCUAAGUCUGGCGGGGCGCCCGUCCCGAAGUCUGGCGAAGUGCCUGCCCCGCAGUCUGGCAAGGCGCCCGUCGCGAAGUCUGGCAAUGCGCCCGCCGCGAAGUCUGGCAAAGCUCCCGCCGCGAAGUCUGGCAAGGCUCCCGCCCGGAAGUCUAGCCAAGGGCCCGCUCCGAAGUCUGGCGAAGUGCCCGCCCCGCAGUCUGGCAAUGCGCCCGCUCCUAAGUCUGGCGGGGCGCCCGUCCCGAAGUCUGGCGAAGUGCCUGCCCCGCAGUCUGGCAAGGCGCCCGUCGCGAAGUCUGGCAAUGCGCCCGCCGCGAAGUCUGGCAAAGCUCCCGCCGCGAAGUCUGGCAAGGCUCCCGCCCGGAAGUCUAGCCAAGGGCCCGCUCCGAAGUCUGGCGAAGUGCCCGCCCCGCAGUCUGGCAAUGCGCCCGCUCCUAAGUCUGGCGGGGCGCCCGUCCCGAAGUCUGGCGAAGUGCCCGCCCCGCAGUCUGGCAAGGCGCCCGCCGCGAAGUCUGGCAAGGCGCCCGCCGCGAAGUCUGGCAAGGCGCCCGCCCCGCAGUCUGGCAAGGCGCCCGCCCCGCAGUCUGGCAGUGCGCCCGCCGCGAAGUCUGGCAGUGCGCCCGCCGCGAAAUCUGGCAAGGCGCCCGCCCCGCAGUCUGGCAAUGCGCCCGCCGCGAAGUCUGGCAGUGCGCCCGCCGCGAACUCUGGUAAUGCGCCCACCGCGAAGUCUGGCAAGGCGCCCGCCCCGCAGUCUGGCAAGGCGCCCGUCGCGAAGUCUGGCAAGGCGCCCGCCCCGCAGUCUGGCAAGGCGCCCGUCGCGAAGUCUGGCAAUGCGCCCGCCGCGAAGUCUGGCAAAGCUCCCGCCGCGAAGUCUGGCAAGGCUCCCGCCCGGAAGUCUAGCCAAGGGCCCGCUCCGAAGUCUGGCGAAGUGCCCGCCCCGCAGUCUGGCAAUGCGCCCGCUCCUAAGUCUGGCGGGGCGCCCGUCCCGAAGUCUGGCGAAGUGCCCGCCCCGCAGUCUGGCAAUGCACCCGCCCCGCAGUCUGGCAGUGCGCCCGCUCCGAAGUCUGGCGAGGCGUCCGCCGCGAAGUCUGGCAAUGCGUCCGCCCCGCCGACAACUUCAUCGGCCACGACGACACCUCAGGCUGUCACUAUUACCUGGUCGGACAUCUCAAAGAUCGAAUUAAGUAGAAUACGCGCAGCAGAUUGUGGCGGUGAAGACCCCAAAACUUGGCACGAGAACAAAGUGCAUGCUUUUGUCAGUGCCAAUGCCGAUAGUUUACCAGGUGUAACUAAUGCGAGGGUUCGCCACGCCGCCCACGCCGGGGGAAGCGAUCCGAACGAAAAGGAUCAUAUCACAGUGGAUUUCAUAGCUAGGGAUAAACUCAUCAGCUCUCCGCACGGACGCGGAGGAUCUUGGCACGUCUAUACGGGCCGAUGA